AUGAGUUCUAAACAUCGUGACCCAGGCAGUAGCACGUCGUUACAUUGCUCCACGCCGCGGACCGCCGCACGUGGUUCUAAGACAGAAUCAUCAACUAAUGCAGCGGCGCGCGUUUCCCAGCCGGAAUGCACGACACCGCGACGCAGCGGCGGCUCGGGCUCCAGCCUCAUCGUUGCACGUGGGCUGUACGAGGUGCUUGAGCAGGAGUUGCGGGAUCAAUCUUCGCCGCGGAAGCGUGCCCACUCGCGUGGCACCGGGCAGGCGUCAAGGCCCAAUUUUCUCUUCUGUUACCUCUGCGGACUGCAAUUCAGCUCUGCCAGUCUGCCCAUUCAUCAACCGCAGUGCUAUGUGAAGAAGCUUAUUGAAUGGGAACGCAUGGACCCGGCGAAGCGCGGUCCAAAACCGCUUGACCCCGAGUCCCAUGAAAAACAAAUGAAGGAAUUGUGUGCAGUGAAAACAGGGAAAGAUAAUGUUAGGGGCGGUAAGAUGAGAGGACGGGAUCUCGAUCGGUUCAAUGAGAUGCAAAUAGAUCACUUCAACACUAACAUGCUGUUGAAGUGCGAGAAUUGCGGGCGCACAUUCCUCCCAGACCGCCUGGAGGUCCAUCAGCGCAGCUGCAAGCCGGGAUCAUCGGGCGCUUCAAAGCCGAUUUCCCGCCCGUCCAGUUCCGCGACAGCAAAGAGGCAACCAUCUCAGCCGACGCCCCAAACACCCACUGAGGGACAUGCUGCCGUAAAAACGGCUGAGGUUGUGUCUCUCGACAAGAAGCCCGGACAAGCCCUAACAGCGGUGAGUGGCAGUGAGACGCCAUGUGCUGUAAGUGCUUCGUCAUCGCCCCAUAAAACACUCUCUCGCCAGGAGAGCUUGGAAAGUCCCGCCUCGAUGGAAAAGGACCCAUUGGCGUCAACCAAACCCGCUAAAGAUGCUGCUCCUUCCGUUGCCGCAGCUAUUGCUGCUAUUACUGCUUCUAGUGAUGAUGUUGGUGACAAUAAUGAUGAAAAUGAUAUUGACCGUACUAGCGACGCCGAAAUCUGUGCGGCAGUGUCGCCGAAAAGGAGCGGCCUGGAACACACACAGCUGGAGGUCUCAGCUCCCACCUCAAGGCAGGUGAGUCAGGGAGCGACUGCCUCGCUGAGUGGGCCGCGGAAGAGUGGCGUGAAGAGUGUAGAUUUGCCAGCAGUGAUGGUAGAGGAGAAGCGUGCAAGUAUGUGCUUGGAUGAGAAAAUACCAAGUGAUGGCGCAUCUCGCUCACGGGAUACCCAAUCACAGGAUGAGGAGCCUCUCCCUGAGAGACGCGGGGUGAAGAUUCCGCUCAACAAUGUAUCGCGCUUCAAGAAUGUGCAAUCCCGCUUGAAACUAGACUUACCAAAGAAGGAAGAGUUGCCGAGGUGUCGCCACUGCAAUCGCACGUUUAACGUUGAUCGUCUCGCUAAGCACGAGGAGGUUUGCCUGGAGCGCAAUAAGCCGUUGCGAAAGCCUUCCACUUCGGCUGGUCGCGCUUCUAGCGCUCGUGCAAGUGGCUCUGGAGCAAAGAAGGGAAGCGAAAUACAAUUACCCAUUGAGGUACCCUUGGGGACAGGCGCCAGAAAGAAGCAACAACAACAACAACAGCAGCCAGAAGUGACUGCAUCCCCACCAAAAUCACCGCAAGCACUGGCACCAGAUGCAGCGGCCGUGCCAGCAACAGCAACAGUAACCACAACGACGGAAACAACAAAGGCAGCGGCGGCCGCAGACCCACCCUCAACGCUAACUACUGUUGCAGCCGCACCGAAGAAUGGACACAACCCACCUACCCAACCGAAGGAAAUGGGUGGCGCGAACUCUGACGGAGUGAGCGAAGCCCCAAAACUACGAUAUUGCUUUGAAUGCGGGACAAAGCUGCAUUCCGGCACGCAACGAUUCUGCGCAGAGUGCGGAACAAAACUCUUGGCAUAG